GUUGCGCUCGGGGCGGGCAUGGGGCUGGCGGUGCUGUACGUCCUGGGCCGUCGAGCGGGCUCCGGACUCACUCGUGCGGCCGCCCUUGAGUUUGCGGUAGCUGCGGCGGCAGCGAGGCGACGACUUGAAGUAGAAGGAGGGUGGGCGCUUGGCGGGGCCCGCAGUUUCAGCAGCGCCACCGCAGCCAUGGCCCGGAUCAAGGUGGGAGAUGCCAUCCCCGCUGUGGAGGUGUUUGAAGGGGAGCCAGGGAAAAAGGUGAACCUGGCAGAGCUGUUUAAGGGCAAGAAGGGUGUGCUGUUUGGAGUUCCUGGGGCCUUUACCCCUGGCUGUUCCAAGACGCACCUGCCAGGGUUUGUGGAGCAGGCUGGGACUCUGAAGGACAAGGGGGUCCAGGUGGUGGCAUGUCUGAGUGUUAACGAUGUCUUUGUGACCAGCGAGUGGGGACGAGCUCACAAGGCAGAAGGCAAGGUUCGGCUCCUGGCUGACCCCACUGGAGCCUUUGGGAAGGAGACAGAUUUAUUAUUAGAUGACUCAUUGGUGUCCCUCUUUGGGAAUCGAAGGCUCAAAAGGUUCUCCAUGGUGAUAGAGAAUGGCAUAGUGAAGGCCCUGAACGUGGAGCCAGAUGGCACAGGCCUUACCUGCAGCCUGGCCCCCAGCAUCAUCUCGCAACUCUGAGGCCCUGAGCCCAGACUACAUCUACCCUUUCCUAUCUCACCUGCCUAGCCCUGGGGCCUGGGGCCAUCCAGUUGGAACUUUGGCCAGAUUUCUACAAUAAACCCUCUGGUUCACG